CAGCCCCAUAAACAUACAAAACCCCUAGACCAGACAAAACACAUUAAUCCCCCAUGUCACACCCUGACCUAACCAAAAUAAUAAAGAAAACAAAGAUAACUAAGGCCAGGGCAUGACAGACUGACUGUACAUGCUUCGCGGGUAUGUAUCCUACUAGAUUAGAGAAUGCAGCAGAGGUGUGGUACUGGCACUCAUGACAUUGUCAUAUUUUGCACAUUUACUGGACUGAUACAAAGUCUAGAGAUGGCUCAUGAUGUCCUCUCAAUCCUUCAUCUGUUGCAAUUGUGUGCGAUUUAAUGAGUGAUACAAUGUACAGUAUCUUGUCUCAAAAGUCCACGAAUGAAUAGACCGCGAAAGUAAGAAGUUGCUCCGAAACAACUGAUGAAUGAUCUGUUUAGCUGACCCCCAAUCUUGAGAUGAAAUAUCGACAGCUAAAACGCAGAUCUGACUUGAGAUCAGAUUUCACUGAGCGCUGAUGAAACAAUGAUAUGACCCUCCCUCGAGGUCGUUCCAGCCUCAUUCUGAUCAGCUGACUCACCACUUCCCAUACGGAGUGCAAUUUUUUGGAAUAGCAGUAAUGUAAUUUUGCUGCCUUUUCCCCACUUGUUAUUAAGUCUGUGCCAAUACAAGCUGCUCACCAAGGCUGUCCUUUUAUGAGAUAAUACGAUAGAAGGUGGUCUCCCCUCCCCAUUUGACUGUAAGCCAAUGGAGGGUGUCUGAGAGCUACACUUUGCUGUUUCACUCAGACUUGAGAGAGAAGCAGGUUGUGCAGACAUGGCUCUCAGAAAAGGAUCUUCUUCUGUUGCCCUCUCCGGGGUGGUCAUCUGAAGUGCAGAUGAACCCAGCUGAUGUCCCUGGCCUGGAGGUAAAGCUGGGAGCAUUGGUUGUUCUUUUCUCCAUAACACUGGUUUGUGGCUUCGCCCCUUUGUGCUUAGUCAGGGGGGCAGGGAGGUGCAAUGUAGACCCAGUGUUCGAGGGCCUGGCUGUGGGGUUACAGGAGGACAGUCAAGAGGUGCUGGAGAUCUGUGUUGCUCUACUCCUCCACAAGAGCAUCAUCUCUUUCAGUCUAGCCCUAAAGCUGGCCCAGGGCAAGCUGCGGCAGUCAGCCGUGGUAGGUUGCCUCCUGCUCUUUGCUCUCAUGUCCCCGUUGGGCACUGCCGUCACCAAGACCAAGUCGUCCCCCCAGCACCAGCUGGACAGGUCCACCUUAGAAGGCCUGGCAUCUGGCACCUUUAUGUAUAUCACCUUCAUGGAGAUCCUGCUCCAUGAGCUAAGCUCCCCGCAGAACCCCAAGGUGGCCAUGAUUCUCACUGGUUUCGCAGUGGUCACUGGGGUGCUGUUCAUCAAAAUGUAAAUAUUCUGUAGAUCAAUCCUUAGAGUCUGAUUCUUUGAAAAACUGACAACCCUUUGCACCGUGAGAAUGCAAUUUGGACUGAUAAGCAUUAAACAAUGUUUACAGCAUGAGACCAAAAGAUACUCAACUGUACCAUUAAUUCAAACAUAUUUCCUUAAGGUGCAGGGAGAAUGCUGGUUACACUGGAAACUUUUGAUUCAGUAGAGGUCUUUUAGUUUUAUUAUGUAGAUGAAUGUUAUUCAUUAUGAUUUAAAAAAAGGGAUAUAUGCUAAUCCUGCCAUGCUUUUAAAUUAUCCUCAUAACAUUUUCUAUUUUAGAUAUUUGAAAAUUUUAAUAUAUCUAUAUUUUUUUUACAUAAACAAUGACAUACUUCACAAACAUAUUUAUGUAUACCGUGAUGAUGUGGUCAAAAUUACAGAAUUAAAAAAGGAAAUAUGAGUACUUUUGAGUAAUUUAUAACUCCUGGAUUGAUAUUAUAGCAAUCCUAAUGUUGUUCUGGCUGUGAAAUCUGACUAGCAGUGUCCUGAAUUGUACACAGAACAUUUGUUUGUUCAGUAGUAUGACUGCCUAGCCCCUGCAUAAACAUAAUAAGAGCAUAUACAGCUGGCUAUUACUUUAAAUCCUUAAAAAGCUAAAUGGAGUGUUUGCUCUUUGUCAGAGCCUUACAUUGAGAUAAACAUAUAGGCCCUUAUUUCACUGCCAUGUGGUGAGAAAGCUUUGAGAUAUAGUCCUCUAUUAUCUUGUAAAACUUGAGUUUGAAUAAUUGAAAUGGCUGCUCUUGUUUUUAUGUUCACUUUUAAACUUUGACUUGUUUAGCUGUACCUGGUUGACUGAUGAUUAAAAGUAAUCUGAAAUAC